GCAAAAUCCCACAUGGCUGGAGGCUUUUGCUAAUGUAGGAGAAGACAGAAUAUCAUUUUGGACUAAGAACUGCCUAGGCCAGUCAAGAAAAGAGCAUUUAAUUUCUAUUCUUGCUACAAGCAUCCUGAAGUUCCUAGUUCAUAGGCAUCUCUUUUGGGACCGUAUCACCAGUAUGCCUGAUAUCCAAGUCUGCUUCAGGGAGAUCUGCAUCCGCAAGAGAAGUAUUUGCUUACUGCUCAGCUCACCCCAUGCAUUGUUUACAGUGUCAUAGCAACCCCCCUUUGCUGGGAGACAUGCAGCAGAGGCAGGCUGCCCUGGUGCAGACCAGCACUCACCAGCCAGGUCCAAGAACUCUGCAGCUUCUAUUUCUGGUCUGCAGUAAAGGAUUUCACCUUUGCAAAUGAGAUUGUAAUCUUGUAGAUGUGGGUGCUGGCCCUUACGUGUGUAGAUCCAGGAUGCAGUCGAAGAGGCUAACCACUGAGCCUCCAUGUAUAACAGAAGAAGUGUUUGAGGAAUUCUUAGCCACAGAUGAUACGCUUGUGGAAUACUUUAAUGAAUUUUUGAGUCUUCCGACAUUUGCCCAGACAGUUAAGUUUAACUCUGACUUUGGGGUUUUUGAAGUUGUUAAUGAUGCCCCACAAUGCCUUGAAAGCCAGCUGAAAAAAAGUCUACAUGAGCAGAAAACUCCAAAGCCCAUUUAUGAUGCUCUAAGGAAAGUAAAGAAUGAUGGGCACCUCUCCAAAAUGCGCACUGCUUCUCCAACCUUCAAUAUUGAUGCAAAUUACAACACUAUGUGCCUUGAUAGAGAACAAGCAAUUCAGUGGAUUAAGAAAGAAAGGCUUCCAGCAUUUCUUGAAAGCGACUGUUAUUUUGAAUACAGGCUAGCUAAAUUGAUAUCACAGGUAGAAUGGAGCAAGACUGGCAUUAAUUUCAUUAUCGAUAAUGACUACUAUCCCUGGAUAAGGAAGCAAGACCCAAGUCCUUCCCCUCCUGAGGAGGAUGACACUUCGAUGACUGUGAGAAAGUUAAAUAUAUCGCUUGGAGUGGCUACAGUUUCUCAGACAAAGGAUUGUUUUACAUUAGCAAAAGGAAGUGAAUUAAUGAAAACUACAGAUUCAUUCUCACAUCCUGUAGCUUCUAGUCAAACUCAGUGUUUGUCUGGACAGCGUGAAAGAGAUGAUUCAUUAAGUGAAAAAGAUAGUCUUCUGGAAGCAGGUUCCCUGUCUAAGGAAGCCCACCAAUGGAGUUUCCUUCGCCCUUCAAGGAAAGCAAAAGCCAUCAUUUUAAGGAAGACAUCCAGAGAGGCUGAGGAGGGUUCUUCUGUGGCCAUUGCUGAACUGCCUGCUCAUACUCAGUUAAGAGUGUAUGUAGACCCGAAAUGGGACAGUGCAGCAAAAAAAAAAAAUGAACAGGAAAGCGUAACUAUUCAGACACCAGGAGAAUUCAUACCAGAUUAUACCCAACUUGUAAUGAAGGAACCUGCUUCAGAAUCGACUCGCCAGCCAACUGCUGACAUUCACAAUAAUGUGGAUUUCCACAAACAGCCUGAACUAUUUAUACAUGAGCUAUCAAAUAAUGAAUUUGCCUGUGGCACUGCAGAGUCACUCCUUUCCCAAAGUUCUCCAUUUUCUGUCUUGGACUCCCACAGAGAUGUAAGAGAACAAGACACUGAAGAAGUAAGCUUAAAAUCAAGUUCUGAAAGUGGUGGGUCAGACAGUAGAGCCUGGUGUAUUAGUCACAGGACUUCUGAUACUGGCAACAGACAUGAGUUUGAGAGAUUCAAGAAGUUCAUUAAAGGAACACUUGGGGAGAGGUACUGGUGGCUCUGGAUGGAUAUUGAAAGACUAAAGGUGCUCAAAAACACUACAAGGCAGCAAAGGCAACUCAAUAAGAUGAAGAAACUGUAUCUUUUGAGCAGUGGAGACUACUUCCUCAGUUCAGAAGUGUUACUCAGACUUAACUUGUUGCAUGGAGAUCAGUGGAAUGUAAGGCAUUUAAGACGGAUUCAGCCUGAAGUAGUGAAACCUCUGCUUCUUUACUGGGGUCCCAGAUUUUGUGUCACUGAUUCAACAGCAAUACAAACUGCCAGUGCAAAACUGAAGAUGUGGCACACAUGCCAACAGAGACCAAGGGUGGACAUUGAUCCUUUUCCACAUAUAGUAUCAUUGCUACCAUUGACACUUAAGUCUUGCAUGCCCAGGAUACCACCUUCCCUUUCUCAGAAAAGUAGAACAAGCUCACCAGCAACUUUAUUAAAACCACCUAUGUCAAAUUUCUCUUUGAAGAAAUCAUCAAGAUUAUCACCUACCCUACCAUCAAGACAGAGCCCCCAAAGGGAUGACAUUUCUACCAGUAGAAAGUGGCCAAAGUCAGCCAACAGAGACAUGAUUCAUUGCUCAGCUUUGGAUGACACCAAAGACUCAAAAUGCCAGGGUCAUAGAAAGUACACCUAUGCUGAGCUGCUCCAAGGGAAAAGUGCUUCUGGCAGUGCUGUCUUAAGGGGAUCAAGAAUGGAAAGCAUGCUGCAGUCUCUUUAUUUGGACAACAGAGCAGGCUACUACUUCACACAGUUCUGUGAGAAGUCAGGGAAUAAGUUGUGGAAGAACAGCGCGUAUUUUUGGUUUGACCUACAAGCUUAUCAUCAGCUUUUCUACCAAGAAACUCUUCAUCCUUUCAAAAUCUGCAAGCAAGCUCAAUUCCUUUAUGCAACUUACAUUGCCCCAUCUGCCAGUAUGGACAUUGGACUUCAUCAGAGGAAGAGAAACAUGAUUUAUCAGAAAAUUGACCCAGCUUUUGAAGAUCUUUUUGACCCAGCAGAAGAAUAUAUCCUCACUGUUCUGAUAGAACCGUGGAUGAAGAUGAUGGAAGAAGACAAAUGUACUUACGGAAAGGUGGAGCUGGUGGAGGAAACUCGACAGCUGGACUCCGUGUACUUUAGAAAGCUCCAGGCUCUGCAUCAAGAGAGGGGUUCCAAGAAGCAUGAGAGUACUGUUGCUGACACUGGUCUGCCACCUUGCCCUGAUGCUCUCAAAGAAGACAAGCACUUGAGUCAAGUUCCCAAAGAAUUGACAGGUCCUAAUCUAUCUGACCUCAUCCAUGACAAAGAGAAGUUAGAACACUUCUGGGCUUUUCUUAACGAGCGUUCUGCUAGCAUGGAUCUCAUGUGCUGGCUAGAUAUUGAACAGUUCAGAGAGACGCUCCACAAGGAUAAAGAAAAUAGGGAGGAAAAAUCUAAAGACAUUAAAAACAAGUACUUCAACAAACAAUACUUCUUUGGACCCAACAGCCCAGCUACCAGAGAACAACAAGAACAGAUAAUUCAUUCAGGUGGAGGAUGGGGACAAAUCCUUCAGGAUCAAUUUUCGGCAACAGUUCUGCUAGAAAUUCAGCAAUGUGUCCAGAAGAGAUUAGAAGAACAAUGGCUGCCAUUGUUCCUGGCAGAUGAACACCAUCGGGUGGAGGGACAAGCAAAGAUAAGGGACAUAACUGAAGAUCUUUCACGACAAAAACAGAAGACAACUAGGCUGUGGAAGCAUGCGAACAAUAAGUGUGUUUCUUCAUCUAGUGAAGUAAUUGCUUUCCGCAAAGCACUGUUGAAUCCAGUAACAGCCAAUGAAUUUCAACGUUUUGUGUCACUGCAAGGAGAUCUACUGGCCAAUGGAUUGCUCUUUUGGCAAGAGGUCCAGAAGUAUAAGGACUUGUGCCAUUCUCACUGUGAUGACACCACAAUCCAGAAAAAGAUCACCACUAUUAUUGACUGCUUUAUUAAUUCUGCCAUACCUCCAGCUUUGCAGAUUGACAUCCCAAUGGAACAAGCAAAGAAGAUUUUGGAGCACAGGAGAGAGCUAGGACCUUACAUUUUUAGAGAGGCACAGAUGAGUAUUUUUGCUCUUCUGUUUAAAUUUUGGCCAAAAUUUUGUAAGCUUCAAAGCAAUUUGGCUAGUGACAAAAUUCUACUUGCCUUGGAGAGAAAAAAGGGAAAAAAGAUGCAAAAGAAGGAAGAUGGAACAGCAGAGAUCAAGGAAGUAAAGAACAAAUCUUGGCCAGGAGCACAAAAGCUCAGCUUUUAUGGAGAACAAACGGGAAAGGUGAAUUACCCUUCUAAGCUGGGAAAUAGGAUAAGAAAUUUUAGAAAGUGACAGGCAGAGAAUGCACUUUAGUAAAUAGUCUGCAGACUACUCUCGCAAAAAAAAAAAAAGAAAAGAAAACCAAUUACCUUGUAAAAUUUCUUGAAAGAAUAGGUGGAACAGGUAAGUUUUUAAAACCCUUUUCCCUUUCUUUUACUGUUUAAGGAAUUUGCUAUUUCCUGUUCUCUUGCCUAAGAUUUCUGUCCUCUUGGUAACAAAACUAUUCAACUGAUUCAGUAUCCCUGAAGAAUACUGAUAAGGUUCAUCUAAAGUAAGUGAUAGCAGGUUCACUUGGCAUCUUGUAGAAUGUGAUGAUUUCUUGGCAUUUAAAAUAAUGUCUGUGCUCCCCAGUCUUGCCAGGCUCAUGCUGAAGGACAGUAAAGCUCUGGCAAGGGUUAAAACCAAUAUCUUUUUAUAUAUAUCCCCCCCAUCUCUGGCCCCACGAAUCAGUUGCCAUUUUGGGUUUAUGUCAAACAGAAGAAUCAGGAUCCUGAAAGAGAAAUACUACUUUCUCUUUCCUCACAAAUAUGUCCCUAGGGUGCCAAAUCUACCUGGGCUCACCUCAAUUUCUGAACUGACUGGGUAGGAGUUGGACUUUUAUGUAGUACAACAGAAAAAAUGGGCAGACAAGGAAGUUUUCACUGGACAACGAUGCAUGACUUAGUAUGACUUAGUAUCAUUUGACAAUAAUUUUUGUGUGUGCCUAGUUGUUAUUUAUGGAGCAAAUCGUAUCAAAGGCUACCCGGCAAUUGACUCAGGGCAAGGGAGGAGUGGCUGACAGCCACUCUCCCCACGGCGAGGGAUGCCAACCAAGCACGGUACAACGCAAAGACCUCUUAUCUGGAAAGCAGGAAGGGGUAGGUAC